CGCCGCCUCCCGGCGCAGCGCAGCGGCCCCGGCGCAGGAGGAGGCGCCGUGCGCGGCCCGAGUCCCCGGGCGCUGCCGCCGGUGAGGGGACAGCGCCGGCCCCGCGCUCCCGGCGGCUCCGCUCCGCUCGCCGGCCCAGGUCUUGCAUGCUGUGACACAAAGAUCUCCUCGCCUGGUGCGCUAUGUUCAUGUUUUGAAAUCAAGAUUGAUUAGCCAACAGGAGAAGACCCAGCUGGUUAUGUGACUCAGAACCCUGUUCAUGAGGCACUUGCUUGUUUUUACAAGACAACUGUCCAGAGGAAGAAAUGACCAUGUAGAUUCCACAGCUUGGGUGCAGCAUAAUGGGAAAUGGUGAAUGGAGUGGAGCUGGUCUGCAGCCUUGAGAGCAGCCGUUCUGUGACCUCCAGCCUGUCAGGGACACCCUCCACGCCAGGGGCAUCCUCCACGUCGCUCGCCGGACACACGCGGGAUUCUUUUUAAUUUCUCCGAUUUGGAAUUCGAGGUUCCUCUCCUCCAGUUUUUAAAACAGUUUUAAGAUUGUAUCCAACUACAACGAGUGGAGCAAUAUAAACCAGCCACGAUGGGUGACAUGACAAAUAGCGAUUUUUAUUCCAAGAACCAAAGAAAUGAGGCCAACCAUGCAGGAGAGUUUGGGUGCACACUGCAGGAACUGCGCUCCCUCAUGGAACUCCGAGGGACAGAAGCAGUAGUAAAAAUUAAAGAGACUUAUGGGGAAACAGAGGGGCUCUGCAGACAUCUGAAGACAUCACCAACAGAAGGAUUAGCUGGAACUGCUGCAGACCUAGAAAAAAGAAAGCUUAUUUUUGGAAAAAAUUUUAUACCUCCAAAGAAGCCAAAAACAUUCAUACAGCUAGUUUGGGAAGCGUUGCAGGACGUGACUCUUAUAAUCUUGGAAAUUGCAGCCAUCAUAUCUUUGGGGCUUUCCUUUUAUCAGCCACCUGGAGAAGGGAAUGAAGGGUGUGGUACUGCAACAGGAGGGGCUGAGGAUGAGGGGGAGGCCGAAGCCGGCUGGAUUGAGGGUGCUGCCAUCCUCCUGUCUGUCAUCUGCGUGGUCCUGGUCACUGCCUUCAACGACUGGAGCAAGGAGAAGCAGUUCCGGGGGCUGCAGAGCCGCAUCGAGCAGGAGCAGAAGUUCACCGUGGUGCGAGGGGGACAGGUCAUCCAGAUCCCCGUGGCGGAGAUCGUGGUUGGGGACAUUGCACAGGUCAAAUAUGGUGACCUUCUACCUGCUGAUGGGAUAUUUAUUCAAGGCAAUGACCUGAAAAUCGAUGAGAGCUCCUUGACUGGAGAGUCCGACCAGGUCCGCAAAUCCGUGGACAAAGAUCCAAUGCUGCUGUCAGGCACCCAUGUCAUGGAAGGCUCUGGGCGGAUGCUGGUGACUGCUGUGGGGGUGAAUUCUCAGACUGGCAUCAUCUUCACUCUGCUGGGAGCUGGGGGAGAAGAGGAGGAGAAGAAAGACAAGAAAGAUUCUUCCCAUCCCUCCUCCCACCCUCCUCCAGCCACAGAUGGUGCAGCAGGUGCAAAUGCCACUGAUAAUGCAAAUGCCAGCUUAGUCAAUGGCAAGAUGCAGGAUGGGAAUAUGGAGAACAACCAGAACAAAGCCAAGCAGCAGGACGGGGCUGCUGCCAUGGAGAUGCAGCCGCUGAAGAGCGCGGAAGGGGGAGAGGGAGACGACAAGGACAAGAAGAAAUCCAACAUGCACAAGAAAGAAAAAUCCGUCCUGCAGGGAAAGCUGACCAAGCUGGCAGUGCAGAUUGGCAAAGCAGGUCUGGUGAUGUCUGCCAUCACUGUCAUCAUCUUGGUACUGUAUUUUGCCAUUGACACCUUUGUGGUCAACAAGAAGCAGUGGUUGCCUGAGUGCACUCCUGUCUACGUUCAGUAUUUUGUUAAAUUCUUCAUUAUUGGUGUUACUGUGCUCGUGGUUGCUGUUCCUGAGGGACUCCCACUUGCUGUCACUAUUUCUCUGGCUUAUUCUGUAAAGAAAAUGAUGAGGGACAACAACCUGGUGCGGCACCUGGACGCCUGCGAGACCAUGGGCAACGCCACGGCCAUCUGCUCGGACAAGACGGGCACGCUGACCACCAACCGCAUGACCGUGGUGCAGGCCUACGUGGGCGACGUCCACUACAAGGAGAUCCCCGACCCCGACUCCAUCCCUGCCAAAACCAUGGAGCUGCUGGUCAAUGCAAUCGCUAUCAACAGUGCUUACACUACCAAAAUUCUGCCACCAGAAAAAGAGGGCGGGCUGCCUCGCCAGGUGGGCAACAAGACGGAGUGUGGGCUGCUGGGCUUUGUGCUGGAUCUGAAGCAGGAUUACGAGCCCGUGCGCAGCCUCAUCCCCGAGGAGAAGCUCUACAAGGUUUACACCUUCAACUCCGUGAGAAAGUCCAUGAGCACGGUCAUCAAAAUGCCCGACGGCAGCUUCCGCAUGUACAGCAAGGGAGCCUCCGAGAUUGUUCUCAAGAAGUGUUCCAGGAUCCUCAACGCGGCCGGGGAACCGCGCAUCUUCAGGCCCCGCGACAGGGACGAGAUGGUGAAGAAGGUGAUUGAGCCCAUGGCCUGUGAUGGGCUGAGAACCAUCUGUGUGGCCUUCAGAGACUUCCCCAGCAGCCCUGAGCCUGACUGGGACAACGAGAACGACAUCUUAUCCGACCUGACUUGCAUCUGUGUCGUUGGCAUUGAAGACCCAGUAAGGCCAGAGGUGCCAGAAGCCAUCCGGAAGUGCCAGCGAGCCGGGAUCACCGUGCGCAUGGUCACCGGGGACAACAUCAACACUGCGCGUGCCAUCGCCAUCAAAUGUGGCAUCAUCCACCCCGGAGAGGACUUCCUCUGCCUCGAGGGCAAGGAGUUCAACAGGAGGAUCCGAAAUGAGAAGGGAGAGAUCGAGCAGGAGCGGAUUGACAAAAUCUGGCCAAAGCUCCGGGUGCUUGCUCGCUCUUCCCCCACGGACAAACACACUUUGGUGAAAGGUAUUAUUGACAGCACACAGGUGGAACAGAGGCAGGUGGUAGCUGUGACUGGGGAUGGAACCAACGAUGGACCAGCACUUAAAAAAGCUGAUGUUGGCUUUGCAAUGGGCAUCGCGGGCACGGACGUGGCCAAGGAGGCCUCGGACAUCAUCCUGACGGACGACAACUUCAGCAGCAUCGUCAAGGCCGUCAUGUGGGGCCGCAACGUCUACGACAGCAUCUCCAAGUUCCUGCAGUUCCAGCUCACCGUCAACAUCGUGGCCGUCAUUGUGGCCUUCACUGGAGCCUGCAUCACCCAGGACUCUCCCCUGAAGGCCGUGCAGAUGCUGUGGGUGAACCUGAUCAUGGACACGUUUGCCUCGCUGGCGCUGGCCACGGAGCCGCCGACCGAGGCGCUGCUGCUGCGCAAACCCUACGGCCGCAACAAGCCGCUCAUCUCCCGCACCAUGAUGAAAAACAUCCUGGGCCACGCCGUCUACCAGCUCACCCUCAUCUUCACCCUGCUCUUUGUCGGUGAGAAAAUGUUUAAGAUCGACAGUGGGAGGAACGCCCCUCUUCACUCUCCUCCUUCUGAGCACUACACCAUCAUCUUCAACACCUUUGUCAUGAUGCAGCUCUUCAACGAGAUCAACGCCCGCAAGAUCCACGGCGAGAGGAACGUCUUCGACGGCAUCUUCAGAAACCCCAUCUUUUGCACUAUUGUCCUGGGCACCUUUGCUAUUCAGAUAGUAAUUGUCCAGUUUGGAGGAAAACCCUUCAGCUGUUCUCCCCUGCAGCUGGACCAGUGGAUGUGGUGUGUAUUUAUUGGAUUAGGAGAGCUGGUGUGGGGUCAGGUCAUUGCAACCAUCCCAACAAGUAGGCUAAAGUUUUUAAAGGAGGCAGGGAGGCUCACUGAGAAGGAGGAGGUCCCUGAGGAAGAGCUCAAUGAAGAUGUUGAAGAAAUAGAUCAUGCAGAGAGAGAGCUCCGACGUGGACAGAUCCUCUGGUUCCGAGGGCUCAACAGAAUCCAAACCCAGAUCCGCGUCGUGAAGGCAUUCCGUAGCUCUCUCUAUGAAGGUUUAGAAAAACCAGAAUCUAGAACCUCUAUUCACAACUUUAUGACUCAUCCUGAAUUUAGGAUAGAAGAUUCCCAGCCCCACAUCCCACUCAUUGAUGACACAGACCUAGAAGAAGACCCUGCUCUCAAGAAAAACUCGAGUCCACCGUCCUCGCUGAACAAGAACAACAGUGCUAUCGACAGUGGAAUCAAUCUUACAACUGAUACAAGUAAAUCAGCUACCUCUUCUAGUCCAGGAAGCCCAAUACAUAGCCUGGAGACAUCACUUUAGCUGAAAAGGUCACUGCAAAAAGGAAAACAAACAAAAAAAAAGAAAUAUUAAAGAGUUAAAGUAAAAUAAAAUAAGAAACCCCACAGCAACCGAGAUAUAUAAAUAUAUAUAUUAAAAACAUUGCUGGCUGAAAAGCUGUUUGAACUCUUAUUCACUCUGAGACAAGUGAAUGAAUUGUUGAUCACGAUGGUUUUGGGGAAAGAAUGAAUGGCUGAUUUACAUACCCCCCGUUCCCUUUCAGAAAAACAAAAACAAAAAAAAAUCCUCCUGCAUGAAUGUACUGUACACUGCUGGCCCUUCUUUCUCUCUUUUUGUUUGUUUUUAUUUCCUUUUUGGUUCUUUUUUUUUGUUGUUUUUUUCCUCCUUAAGCAGGAACUGCAGAGGACUUCUUUCUGAGGCUAUUUAUCCAAUUCACUGGUCUGUGAGUUUUUGAAAUGCUUGUGUGGCAUGGACUCAAUUGUAUAGAUUAAUUUAAAUAACUUUUUUGAAGUUGCAAAGCUUAACUUGCACAGUAGAUUUGCACCAGUUGGACAGAGGAACUUAAACAUUUAUGAGACUAUAUAUAGAGAUAUAUACAUAUAAGUAUAUAGAUAAUUAAUUAUAUAUAUGUAUAUAUCUAUCUAUAUAUAUAUAGUUAUAUAUAUAUAAAGUUUCUUUGUUGGCAUGUUGCCUUGUUUCUGCUCAAAUUGCUCUGACUAUUUUAACUUAUUUAUGUCCUAAAAAAGAAUGUAAUUUGUUUACAAACCUGUAGAUAAUAUCCUUAACUAUUUGUAGGGUUAAGAAAGCACUUCCUGCCGAAGUAGUAUAAAAAUGGCUCAGCUCAGCUCAUUGAAAAUGUCUGUACUCUCGCACCCUGGAUAUUUUAUUACAACCGUGCUCUGAUUUCUGCCUGAUUUCCUUUUUGGGUUUUUAUUUUGGUCUUUUUUUUUUUUUUUUGUUAAUAAUGUAGAUACUGCUAGUAAAUAACAAAAGAAGCCAAAAUAUAACACAUUGGAUGUAGCAUUGUGAUCCUAUAUACAGGGAGGUAAACCAGGCUUCCUUUGUUUCAAAUAAAAAUCAAAAUGAUCAGGUUCUCUCCUUUUUUUUUUCCUUCCUCCCCUCUGAUGAUCUGCUUGAACUCCUUUUGGUGCAACAUACAAUAAUGGAGGCUAUUUCAUUCUUCAGACAUACAGCAAUGGCUUCGGAAACUAUUUUUAGAGAGACAUUAAAUGAGUUUAUAAUUGAAAAUAAGUUAUAUUUGGUUUGUCUAUAUGGAGAUAAAAGAAAUGUUAAAAUCUUGUGAUAUACUGUGUUAAUCCUUUUCAAUUAGUACUUUAGGCAUUUAUUUCCUUAUUAUUUGCAAAGUAUGGGCUGUUGGCAUUUUGGAUGAAAAUCACUGUAGGUUGUUGCUUUGAUUUCUUUUUAAAAGAAAAAUAUAAUUUCUGCACUAUUAGGACUGAACAAAUCUUUAUUAAUUGUGUAUUGAGAUGUGCUUUGUGUGAUUUUUUUUUAAAUCAAGCUUGUGUUCCUGCAGUAACAGAGUAAUAACAUUAUUUUACCUUCAGCUUUCUCCCAAGAAAGCUGCUUUGAAAACCUGCAGUAUGGAAGGCGAAAAACAUUUUUCAAGAUGGUAACAGCCCUAGAAACGUAAAAAAUUAUGAGCUUAUACAAUUGCUAUGUCAACCACUUGAAUGCUAAGCACUUUGUGGAUCACAGAUUUUUCAUAACUAAUUUUUGUAUUUAAUAUAAAGUUUGCUUGGAGACUUUUCAGCAUAUGAUUUUUUCCAUAACUGUACAGUGCAAAAAGACAUUUGGAAUUCCACAAUCGAUUAUGCCAGGCGUUGUUGGAACAAAAACACCCUCCAACCAUCUCGAUCCGUUGAGUUGUUAAGGUGUUUUUUUUCUGGUUGGCUCCAUAACAGUGGUGCAUCUCUGCAGUCCCAGCAGCUUUUAACCAAGCCAGAACUCUCCAAACCAAGCUUAGACUCAUGGCCAAACUGCAGACUGAUGUUUUCAGGGUGCAUCAGGACCCUCAGCCAGGUAAAGCUCUGAGCAGCUUCCCUUGCCAGCUGCGGGACUCGGGGCUGGCAGCUCUGCUGGCUGUGCCUGGUGCCCGGCCCUGGGGCAGGCAGGGUGCCCGGGGCAGCGGGGGCACCUGCAGCAGCCCCAGGGGCAGGCAGGGUGCCCGGGGCAGCGGGGGCACCUGCAGCAGCCCCAGCUGUGCCCCAGCCCAGGCAGGAAGGUGCUCUGUCAUGGGGACUCCACCGCCCAUGGGCUCCCUGGGGCCAGAAGACAGAAGUGGUAUCUGUAUUUACAGGGAAGCCUCUAGCUUUGGACUUGAACAUCUACAGAAGCUAUUAAUACUGGAACAGUUUCUUUUCAGCAUCUUAACACACUGACUGUUUGCCUUUUUGUUUCCCAACACUCUUCAUGUUUUUUCUCGGUUCCGUUUUUGGUUUUUUUUUUUUUUUUAAUUAUUUUGGAAUUUUUUCCUGUAGGAGUACCCCUCCCUAAGGUACCAUUCGCAGACUUGAAAACUGUUAUAAGAAAAUGAACACUGCAUUCUGUGUAUAUAUAGUAAAACAUAUAUAAACUGAGAUGCAUAGAAAACUUGGGCUUUUGUGAGCAGAGACUGUGCUUUAUGUAUAUGAUAAAUGAUAGACUUUUUUUUUUUUUUAAAGCAGAAUAGCUAUGACCUUUCAACUACAAGUCGUGCAUCACAAUUCCUUUCUUUUAUUGCUUGACCUCUCUGUGAUGGGAACAAUGGAUCAAAAACCAAAAUGAUCAGUUUGUUAAAAUUCCCUGCAAUAUAUAAAUGCUCGCUCUCUACGUACUGUACUUAGCAGCAUGAGAUUUGUGGACAACAAUACAGUGGUACAUUGGCAAUCCAUCCCACUAGGGGUUAUUAAUAUAUGUUCAUUCAUCUGUUUUUAUGAAUUUUUUUAUCUAGACAAUAAUUGUAAAUAAAGAACUUACUCUGUCUGUUCAUUUAAUACUAUGCAAAAGGUUAUGCUUUCUAUUGUUAUUCUUAUUCCUACAGUGUGAUGCUGGAAUGUUUGUGGUUUCAAAAAAAAAACAAACAAAAAAGACAAAAGUAAGUAAAAUAUGUGAUGUAAAUUAUUUUAUAGUUUGAAACAAAAUGAUAAAGAUUUACUCUUGCUGCUUUCUGUCUAAUAGAUCUCUCUUGGCAGGAGCACAAGUGGAAAAUUUAAAGAAAUAAAUUCACAAAGCAGCAUGAACAAUAA